AUGAACAAAUAUUUAAGCAUUGCUAAANAGCAAUAUUUUGACAUUAAAAAAUUAAAAAUUAUAAAACGCUAUAUGCAUAACAUUUUUAAGAUACGAAUUUUACAAAAAGAUUUUUUUGUAAGAAAAUUUUUACAACAUGCUAUGAGUCAUAUAUUUAUAUAAUGUAGUGUUAGCUAAAUGAGUGCUACUGGAAUUUGAGAAAACAACGCAUUAUAAAGUAAUUUAAAAGGUAUUUUUCUUUUAAAAAGGAAAAGUAUUGUUAUCAUUACAUAGUGUCAGAAAUGUAGUAAGUGUAAUUAUGAAAAAUUGGAUUUUUAUGUAGAGAAUAUUUAUAAGAUAGUGGUAUUAGCUAGCAAAUAUUUCCAUGCAAAUUAUAGUAGCUUAAACUUGUGACGGUUUAAAAAAACUCGUUCUAUUUCGUUUUAGCAAUGCGUUGCUGCUAUGUAGCUUUUUAAUAAAUCAAAAUUUGCAAAAAGACCAUUUGUCACGUGGUAUUUCAGAUUGAUAUAUUCUCCAUUUUCCGUGAACAUUCACGCAUAAUUAAAAAGGUCCGUUCUGUAUAAUUGUAGUAUGAUGCUAAUACAGCUUGAUUGAAAGUAAAAAUAAGAAAACUGUUUAUUUGCUAGAAAAAGCGUGUAUUAUUUUUAAAAAUGACGUAGGUAACGCAAAAAUAUAGCAGUAGAUAUAGCGUUUUAAUUUUUCACAAGUACAUAUAUGCGUAAUUAUAAGCAUCAUCGUUUUGCUGAGCUUCUUUAUUGCAUAGCAGGAUGGAACCUUCAACAAAGAACAGUUGGGAUGAAGCAUUGCUACAUUUACCUGCAUAUCAAAAAUAUGAGCAGUUUGACAGUGUGGAGAUUUCCAAAGAAACCAUCAGUGAAUGCAAUGCCCUAAAAAGCAAUGAUGCAGGCGAUAAAACACUUUGUAAAAAGGUAGCACAAAAUCUAAAAAAGUUAUCUACCUUACCGGAUGAUGAGCUUAAAAGUGGUUGUUAUUACUUCCAACAUUGGUUCUUUGACAAUAUAGCGAAAAAAUAUUAUAAUGGAAAUAAACAGGGUAAUAAUUAUAAUGUUGCUAAGGAACUUUUUGAUAUAGUAUUAAUAUUUACUUCAAAAUUACCUAAAAUAAAACCAUGCUAUUGUCAUGAAUCUGGUUCUCCUGAUGUUUGGAAAGAAGAGAAAGAUUUGCAUGAUUAUUUUGAAAAUCACAAAGAUAUUAAAUGCAACGAUUCUGAUAAGUCUAAGUGCGAAAAAUAUGUGAACUAUGGUAAUUGCACAUUAUACUUUAUGACAUAUGAAUAUUGUGUUAUUAUCUGUAAUAUGUUUUUAUUUUAA